AUGGCUUCCCAAGCAGUGGCUUCCGAAUCCUCUGGUGUAUCUCUGCAAAUGAUGGCAAGAGAGGUGAACGGCUGGGGCAACCUCGAGAUUCGCUACGUCACUAGUCGCCGAGAACACGUGCGGACCCCCAACGGCGGCUACAUCCUAAUCGACGAUAACUACUACCAUACGAUACCUUCGCUUUUCAUCCGAGUUCCUCCCCAGGUGCUCUCAAGCCCGGUAUGGCACCGAGCCUACCUUAACUCCAGGCUCUCUUCACGGCUUAACUUCGACAACGCUCCAGUCCGCGUGACCGUGGCGGAGAAUAUCUCGUCAUUCGCGUUGCAGCAUCAGGCGGCCUCCCGGUUCAAUGGGUAUUUGAUGACGGUCGAGUUGAAUUUCUUCCACGAGAUAUUUCACGAGGAGAGACCCUCUAAUCCUAUAACGUACUUGAGCGAAAUAGGUUCGUUUUGGGAAGCCGCCGUUAAUGAUGAUGAUGGGGAUUUGUCACCCAAUGGAGGCGCAUCUAGAAGUGCGAUCAUCAGAUUGAUGGAGAAGGGGAGCUUUGUUGCGAGCAAGAGCGAUCAGGAGUUGGGAACGUGCAGCAUAUGUUUGGAGGAGUUUGCAUCUUCGAAUGGGGCAAAAGAUCAGCUUCUUCGCAUGGAUUGCUCACAUGUUUAUCAUCGUGCUUGUAUAUUGCCCUGGCUGCAGAAGUCGAAAACAUGUCCAACAUGCCGUCGCCAAGUGGAUUGA